AUGGACAACAAGCGCAAGGCCGGCUCUGCGAAUGCGGUCUCCGCUGCAGCUGAGCAGGACGAGCGCAACAAGAAGAAACAACGGCUUGCAGAGAAAUACAACUUUAAGGAGCAGCCAGAAACACGCGAGUCAACUUCUGAACAUGGUCUCUUCUUCCUGGAGUUGGUCCGUCGAACCUCUGACAAGAAUGGACGUCGCGUCGCAGGAUACUUCGAAACACUUCCGCCCCGUGCCGAGAAUCGCGAUUACUACAAGAAGACGAAGAUGCCCAUCUCGCUCGAGAUGAUUGAGCAAAAGUUGAACAACCAUGAGUUUGCGACCCUUACGGAGGUGGAGAGCUACUUCAAGCGCAUGGUCAGCAACGCCAAGGAGUACUAUUCCCGCAACUCAAGCACUUUCGAGGAUGCCGAACGUGUGCGAAAGGCUCUUAGCAAUCACAUGACGAAGGUCAACCCCGCCUAUCACCGUGGCGACGGGUACACAGCAUUUCCCACGCCUAUUCCCUCCGAGCUUCAGAACGCCGAGGAGGAGGCCCCCGAGACCCCUGAAGAGUCGGCUGACGAGGAGGGGGAGGAGGAGGAGGAGGAGGAAGAAGAUGAUGCUGCCGCAGAUGAUGACGAGGAUGACGAUGACAGAGAUGCCGAUGUCGAAGAUGACGGAAAACCUCAGCGGUCGGGUCGACCCUCGAUCAUCUUGCGUCGUGGUUCAGCUCGCAAGUCAGCUGCAAGCAGCACCCCCAACGCUACUGCUACGCCUCGAUCUGCCAAUCGCAAAGGCGACGAUGUUUACGCUGAUAUUCCUUACAAAGAGUGCUCCUUCCAGGAAGCACAGGAGAAGAUUGUUGAAGAGUUGAUUCGCAAGACAGAAGACGACUCCGAUGAACCCCAGUUCGAAAUAUUCCUCAACUUGCCCUCGCGGUCGCUCAAGGACUAUUAUGCACAUGUUUCCAACCCACUCUCUAUCAAGAAGCUCCAGAAACGCGUCAAGGGCAAGCCGGCGGCAUCCAACGGGGCCACUUCCCAGUCUGCACAGGCCACUGCAGUUAGUGGCACAAGCUCUAUCGACAAAGCUCGUAGUGCGUCGGUAGCAUCCCCUGGCCCUGCCCUCAACGGUAUCAAGAGGGAGAGCACAUUCCGUCCAUCUCCUGUCAUGGCUCCCGCUCAGCUCAAUGGCACAGCGCCACCUUCAAACGCUGCGCCUACCCUCAGCAACGCCCAGUUCCAACCCAUCCCGGCUUCGCAGCAGCCCAACGGCCUCCACGUGCCCAAACCUAAGUCACCGUUCGAGCAGACCACACGCCGCGCUGGCAAGGGUGCGUCUGAUGCUCUCAUCCAGAACCUGAGAAUUCAGACACACCCUGUGCUGAACAUGCAUCAGCAUCAGGUGGUGUACGACAUUAUGCCUCUUGAAAGCGAGAGUCAGCAGUCCGUUGCGAUGCACCUGCCGGCAAAUCACCUUCGCGUGCAGAUUAUCUUAACGCUGCCUCCCUUCCUACAAGCUCAACAGCGACAGUACAAGAUUUGGGCUAUUGCCAACCGGCACGUUCUCAGCCAGCAGGCGCCUGUAGCCGGCCAGGUCCUCCCACCCUUCUCGAGUGUAUUCGAGGCGCAGCUGAACGCCGGAUCGGUCAACGUCAUUGAGGUCCAUGUCAUCGCUGCACUUGUCAAGGCGGAGCGCACACUUGACGGUCCCGAAGCGGAACUCGAGCAGUUUACCGUGCUUGCCAAUGUCAUGCGGAACUAG